UAGGGUUUUGAGUAUGAAAGCAGAUCAGAGAAAGAGCUUAAAGUAUGCGAUGAGAGGGUUGGCGAAUUAGGGAUCGAUUUUUAAGGCAAUUUUUAAGAUGAAUAGUGCGAAUUUUUGGAAUUUGGAAUUUUUUUAGGCUUAAAAGGGUUUAUAUGCAUGGGGAUCUUGAAUUUUUCUAUAAAAAUUCUGAUGUUUGAAUGUAUAUAUUAACUAUGAGAAAUUAUAUUAAUUCCAAAUUAUUAAAUUUUAAUUUGAUAAUUCUGGUUUUAUCAAUUGUGACAUUUGUCACAAGUCGAAAUUAUGAAUCUUGGGAAGGCUCGCAAAAUAUUGAUAGAGACUCUUUUGCUAAUGUAGACGAGGUGAUCACAACACAUUUUGAACUUAAGUUGGAGAUUGACUUUGAUCACAGAGUGCUCAGAGGUCUACAACAACUUCAGAUGACCAAACUAGCUCCCAGAGUAGAUCAGGUCUAUCUUGACAUCAGAGAUCUUAAAGUUUAUGAGGUUUAUGGUGAUCAUGGAGAGCCCCUCAAUUAUGCAAUUGACAAUCCGAAUCCAAUGCUUGGUCAGCGCCUUGCUAUUUCUCUAUCUAGGGAGCAGGCAUCUAGCAAGGACUUUGCAAUUUAUGUUCAGUAUGAAACUGCUACUAAUGCUUCAGCUUUAAGUUGGCUUGCACCUCAGCAGACUUCUGGCAAAACUUUGCCUUAUUUAUUUACACAGUGCCAGACUAUCCAUGCCAGGUCGAUGGCUCCCCUGCAGGACACUCCUAGUGUAAAGUCAACCUUCGUUGUAGAGACUCUCACAGAGCCUGCCAUUCAGACUCGAGUGACUGGCAAUAUGACGCACAACCAACUGCAAAACUCAAGUGGAGUUGAACUUAGAUUUACUCGCCACCAGAUAGAUAUUCCAAUACAAUCUUACCUGCUGGCCAUUGCUUCUGGAAACCUUGCUGAACGCAAAAUAGGCGAUAGGACCACCGUAAUCUCAGAACCUGAAGAUCUAGACAAAGUAGCCAACGAGUUUGUGCAACUGGAGCAAUUCCUAGAUGUGGCUGAAAACCUGACUAUUCCUUAUGAAUGGGGAGAGUACAAGCUACUGAUACUCCCACCAUCAUUCCCACUGGGAGGUAUGGAGAACCCCCUUCUCACAUUCGCAUCCCCUGCUAUCGUUCCUGGAGAUAGAUCCUCAGUAGAUGUGGCUAUACAUGAAUUAGCUCACUCAUGGUUCGGAAACUUGGUCACAAAUAACAAUUGGACUAACUUCUGGCUAAAUGAAGGUUUUACUGUAUUUUUGGAAAGGAAGGUGGUCAAAAAGAUAUUCGGAGAAGAUUUCUACAAAGUUACUGCUAAACUAGAGAACCAGACCAUGUACUUUGACAUGCUAGACUUUGGAUUAGACAAUGAUAUGACAAGCUUAUCUCCAAGUUAUGACGGAAUCCAUCCUGACGAAUGUUUCAGUGACAUCCCAUACGAAAAAGGAUUCCAGUUUUUAACUUUCAUCGAAAGUGUAAUUGGAGAAGAGACAAUGUUGGAUAUGCUGAGAGCCUAUCUUAGAGAGUUCCAAAAAACUAGUAUCGGAGUGGAUGAUUUUGAAAGCUACUUUUCUUCUUAUUUAGAACAAAGAUUUGGUUCUGAUGAUGCCCGAAGAAUAUUGGAUACUAUUGAUUUCAACACAUGGGUUCACGGAACCGGAUUACCUCCUGUUGCUGCAGAUUUUGAAACAAAAGAAUAUAAUGAAGCUAUUGAGCUAGCCCAAAACUUUAUAGAUACCACUCCAGAUGCUGAAAAAGCUGCAGCUCUUUACAAGAGCUUCUCGGUAAAUCUAAAAGGGCUUUUUAUCAGUCACCUUAUUGAUAACUUGGAGAGUCUUAAUCAGCAAAAGACCCAGUACAUAGACGAUGUUCUUAGCGUUUCUUCUGAAAUAAAUGGAGAGAUAAUCUACAGAUGGCUUCAGGUUUCUAUCAGAUCAGGUCAGUUGCAAGCUCCAUUCACUCUUGCUGACGAAUUCCUAGGAUCUAUCGGAAGAAUGAAGUUUGUCGUGCCAGUCUAUGCUGCUAUCAAUGCCAUAAAUCCCUCAAAGGCUAGAGAAAUAUAUGCUAAAUAUGAAGACUUCUACCAUAGUAUGGCUAGAGAUGCCAUCACAGCUGUUCUAAAAUCUGAGGAUGUCUUAAUUUCGUCAUAAUAGCCCAUGAAAACUAGCCUUAUGAUCCGAGUUAAGAUUUUUCA